AAGUUCCAGUUACGUGGUUUGUUUGGCCGGUCUUUUUCGUUUUGGGAGAUUUUGUUCUCCUAAACUUGCUCCAAAACACAAGUUGAAUAGGAACUUUCUCGCGGUGGCGAGUAAAAUGGGUUUUGAUUUCAGGAAUUUAGCUUCGAUUCUUCACCGUGAUUCUUCUAUUCCUAUUGUUUAGAUUCAAUUUCAAACUUUUAAUAUCGCUAUCACAAAUUUCAGAAAAAAAAAAUGAAUAGCGCCUUCAAAACUACCUUGACUCACUCAAACCCUAAUCGUCUCUCUUCCACCCUCAGACUCUUUCAUUCCACUCCUCCUUUGGAACGCAAAAGGCGAAAUAAUUGGGAAUCUAGAUGCAACCAUUAUUCGAGAAGAUUUAGAAGGAUGCAGGCGAAACAAUCGUUGCUUCGCAAUGUCAAUGCUUAUGCAGAAUUCAUGUUUCAGAGCUGGAAAGAAGAUAAUGAUGAAGAUGAUCCAUCUUCAAGCCGAGACACCUCGUGGUUUAAAAAACAAUAUUCUCCUAAGGACUUUGGAAGGCAAAAUAAUGGCAAUCAAGGAAGAUAUCAUUACAGAAAGUAUCAUGAAUUUUGUGAAGAAGAUAUUGAUGUUGAAAACAUUUUCCGCUCUGCCUUUGGUGGCAAUCGAUUUUUCUAUUGGUCAUUUAUAAAUGAGGAAAAUCCUCAAUGGAGGAGGUCAGAAGGCUUUUCUAAUUAUGGGAAAUCUUGGAAGUGGAGACGUCAGAGUGACAAUGGAUACGGCUCCUCAACUGACUCUGAGUCCGAGUCUGAGUCUGAGACUUCACGUUCAAAUUCAGUUUCAGAUAGAUUAGCCCUUGGAUUGAGUGCUUCUGGUCCUCUGAAACUUGAAGAUGUGAAAAUUGCGUACCGGGCAUGUGCCCUUAAAUGGCAUCCUGAUCGUCAUCAAGGCUCUUCCAAGGUUAUUGCAGAGGAAAAGUUCAAGCAUUGCAGUGCAGCCUAUCAAUCUUUGUGUGAUAAGUUGGCAGUAAAUUAAGGACGAGUAUGCUUUUCUACAAGAAUCCAACUCUUAAUCAUCAUUUGCCCAUACUGAUUAAUUUAACACAAUUUGCUUAAUUCUAGUUUCUAGUAAUUUUAAUGUACACUAUUGGAAAUAAUAUGUACACCACUUCACAUUAAAAAUUUAUUAGUUCAUCACCAUUUCUUUUCCCCCUAAUAAACAUGUUCAUAAUUUGUAUUUUUGAUGGGUAAGAGAGCUAUUUACUUCCA